AACGAUAACAACAAUCAACAAAACAACAAAACAAUCAAAACGUAAACCACCACCACCAUCAAAAUGUAGAAUUUGUUGUAGAAAAUUUUUUGCAUUUUUAUUAUCAAAUGUUGGUCUUUGUGUAUUAGUUGUUGCAUAUUCGGUUGGUGGUGCAUUUAUGUUUCGUGCAAUUGAAUCACCAUUCGAAGUUGAAACAGUUAAACAGGUGAAUGAAUUACGUAAUAAAACUAUAUUGAAUUUAUGGAAUAUAACAUAUAAUACAAAUAUAUUAUAUCAUAAUAAAUGGAAUGCACAGGUAACUGAUACGAUAAAAUUAUUUCAACGUGAAUUACUUAAAUCAAUAAAAGAUGGUUAUGAAGGACAACAAAGUAAAGGUCGUGAACAAUGGUCAUUUUCGGGUGCAUUUUUAUUCAGUCUAACAGUAAUAUCAACAAUUGGUUAUGGAAAUAUUAGUCCACGUACUGAUCGUGGAAAAUUAAUGACAAUAUUAUAUGCUAUUAUUGGUAUACCAUUAAUGUUAUUAUAUUUAACAAAUAUUGGUGAUAUAUUGGCUAAAUCAUUUCGUUAUGUUUAUGGUGGUUUGUGUUCUUGUAAACAAUCAUCAAAUCAAUUAAAACAAAGAAAUCGUUUAUUAUUACAACGUGCCGUUUCGGCACCGACCGGUACAUUUGGUCUGAAUAAUCAUACAUCAAGAAUGGAUGAUACAGGUGUCGGUGUUGGUGGUUAUAAUUAUAAUGAUCCAACAAUGAUGACAAUGACAACAUCGAUACCAUCAACAACAACAACAAUGACAACAAUUAAAUUUAAAGAAAAUAAUCGUGUCCAUGUACCAAUUACACUUUGUCUAUUUAUAUUGACUGGUUAUGUUUGUGGUGGUGGUCUUCUAUUUUCAAUUUGGGAAAAUUGGAAUUAUUUGGAUGGAUCUUAUUUUUGUUUUGUAACAUUAAGUACGAUUGGUUUUGGCGAUCUUGUACCCGGUGCAUCUGUUGUCGAUAGUUCUGGUUCACAAGAAAAAUUAGUUAUUUGUAGUCUUUAUUUAUUAGCCGGUAUGGCAUUAUUAGCAAUGUGUUUUAAUUUAAUGCAAGAAGAAGUUAUACAUAAAGUUAAACAAUUAGGUAGACGUUUAGGUAUUGUUAGUGAUAAUGAUGAUGAUUAUUAUGGUAAUAAUUUAAGUAAUAUUGAAUUUACAAUCGAUCAAACAUCGUAAUCAAUUUUUGGAACAAAAACAAAUUAAAAAAAUUAUUUCGCAAAAAAACGCAAUUUUUUUUCCUUUUGGAUCAAUUGAUCGAUCGAUUGAAUAAUAAAAUUGAUUUUAAAU